AUGGUAGAAAAAGAAUGUAGUACGGAAAUGCUCCUCCAUGAUAUGGAUAUCUCAUGUCUUAUGGUGUACACUCAACAAAUUGAGGAGGGGAAACUCAAGGAAGAGUCUAGGGAAAAAAAGAGGUCUAUAAUAGAGGAUGAUGAUCCCUCUCAUGCAAGGUCCGAUGGCCAUGGUCGCCUUAAAUAUAGACAAAAGUUCCCCGGGCAAGGUUCUCGAAACACUCCUAAGUUCAACCAAGAAAUGGUGUCUAACCUUAAGCCUCAAGGAGAUAGUAGUGGGGUUCUGUUACCAGGAUGUAGUAAGUGUGAUAGAAGAUAUGUGGGUGAAUGCCUAGCGGGUUCCAAUGUUUGUUUCGGUUGUGGUGAGUUGGGCCACAAGAUCAGACAUUGCCCUACAUUUGCUAGAAAUAAAGGGGAUAGUCGUCGUAGGUAUCAACCCUACCCUUCAUCCAGUCCAAUUUGUUCGGGUGGGAAUUCUCCAAAGAAAAAUAGGUUCUAUGCUCUCCAAGCUAGAGGUGAACAAGAGUGUCCUCCGAAUAUUGCUCCCGAUAUGUGUUUUAUGCUUGUUUAG